UCCCUUGGUACACCUAGCAAGGUGUACCUAGGUGCACGUAAGUAUUUGCGCCGUUUACAGCCACCAGCUUCGAAUUUUCAGGCCUUUUCCUUUGAUUAUUUCCUCAAGGACCAAAAGGGUACUGAAAAAAAAUGGCUUCUUUAUCCUCUUUAAAUUCCAUAUGCAUCGAUCGGAGCGGCUUUAUCAAAAGUCAGGACGCAAUCAAGAAUUCAAACGCCAAACGGGUCUUCACUCGAGCUUCUAUUAUAAAAUCGGUACCACAGAGCUCACAUGCAGAAGAAUCUAAUGCCCAGAGAUUCGAAAAACAGCGAAUUGGGGUUCUUGGGGCCAGUGGCUACACGGGCUCUGAGAUAAUUAGGUUGCUCGCAGCUCAUCCCAGCUUUAAAAUAACUCUGAUGACGGCGGAUAGGAAAGCUGGCCAAUCGAUUGGAACAGUCUUUCCUCAUUUAGUCAAGCAAGAUUUGCCCGAUUUGAUUGCUAUCAAAGAUGCUGAUUUUUCAAAUGUGGAUGCUGUGUUCUGUUGCUUGCCCCAUGGGACAACUCAGGACAUUGUCAAAGGCCUCCCCAGAAGUCUGAAGAUAGUUGAUUUAUCCGCGGAUUUUCGGCUCCGAGAUGUUGGGGAAUAUGAGGAAUGGUAUGGUCAGCCUCACAAGGCCCAAGAAUUACAGAAGGAAACUGUUUAUGGGCUAACCGAGAUAUCCAGGCCCGAGAUUCAAAGUGCACGCUUAAUUGCAAAUCCUGGCUGUUAUCCGACUUCUGUUCAGCUUCCUCUUAUUCCAUUAAUAAAGGCCAAUCUCAUCGAAGUUAAGAAUAUUAUUAUCGACUCGAAAUCCGGUGUUAGUGGAGCAGGGCGUGGGGCUAAAGAGGCAAAUUUGUACACUGAGAUAUCUGAAGGAAUACAUUCUUAUGGUGUCACAAGGCAUCGUCACGUGCCUGAAAUCGAACAGGGUUUAUCAGAGGCUGCAAAAUCGAAAGUUACUGUCAGCUUCACCCCGCAUUUAAUGCCAAUGAGUCGAGGUAUGCAAUCUACUAUAUAUGUGGAAAUGGCUCCUGGAGCAUCAACAGAGGAUUUGUACGAGCAUUUACAUAGUUUUUAUGAGAAUGAAGAAUUUGUGAUUUUGUUAAAGAAGAACGAGGUUCCUCAUACUCGACACGUUAGAGGAUCCAACUACUGCUUGAUAAAUGUAUUUCCUGAUAGGAUCCCAGGAAGAGCAAUAAUUAUCUCUGUUAUUGAUAAUCUUGUGAAAGGAGCUUCAGGUCAGGCAUUGCAAAAUCUGAACUUGAUGAUGGGAAUUCCAGAAAACACAGGGCUCCUAACCGUGCCUUUGUGGGUGAAAACCAGUGAAAGAAAGCCAAAAAUUGUGGCGCGAACAAUUGCUGCGAAUCCUUUUUUUCGAGAUAUCAUUUGCUUAGAGAACUGAAUUUUUGUUGUGAUGUAAUAUUUUGCUGAGGUAGAAAAGAUGCUAAAGAUGUAGUUUUCAUCAUCCACCCAAGUAUGCUAAGGUAGUUGAUGACAAAAUAAAACUGAGUUAUGAAAAAUGUAAUAACUGAACUCAAAGGAGUACUACUUAGCAUUGAAGUUUUUACUUUUUUAUUUUUUUUAAUGAACCUUUAAUUUUAUUCUUCACAUUAUACAAAUUUUUGUAUGAGACAACUUAACGUUGAUCAGUGAUUAUGUGAAUAAAGAAAGCAUGCUUGAAAAAAGUAUUACCAGCUUAAUGGUUAAGUCAUAACCUCUUAUUGGUUAAGCUCACUUCAUAGAAGAACUAGUCAGCUUUAUUCUCAAACCUCAAAAAUGAGGAUUUCUGAUUCUAAUUUAUAUGGAUAACUAAAUUACCUUCAAA